AUGCUGUCACCAUCCACCUCAAAAUCAAAUCGUGGGCAAAAACGCAAGAAGAAAUCCGACUUUAAUAAGCAGGGUCAGGCCGACAAUAUCAUAAACAUGAUUUCUGCUGAACAAGCUAAAGUGACAAAGCCAUCAACAUCAAAGUCAAGUCGACGAAAAGGCAACUUUGUUCAGAAAUCCAAGCAGGGAAUGACAAGGAACUGGUUGGAUGUUCCGUCCGAUGUAAUGGAGAAUAUAUUGUCUAGAAUUGGUGUGUAUGACAUACUUGAUAAUGCCCAAAAAGUGUGCACUACUUGGCAUCGAAUCUGUAAGGAGCCCGCUAUGUGGAGGACUGUUUCAAUGGACUAUUCACAUCGAUGGCGAUGGCCUGUAUUUCGGAAGAUUUGUAAGCAUGUUGUGGAUAGAAGCCAAGGCCAGAUGGUUGAUAUCUCUAUUGAUGACUUUUGCGAUGAUGACUUUCUUCGGUAUAUUGCUGAUAGUUCUGGUCAAAACAGUGAUGCACCUGAUUUAAGGCACCUUGAGUUAAUUAAGGACACCAUGACGAAUGUUGGGUUAAGGAUGAUUCUAGAUGGUUGUCGUCACCUUGAAUUACUUGACUUGCAUCGAUGUAAGUACAUUGAUCUUAAGGGAGACCUUGGAAAAAGAUGUUCUGAACAGAUCAAACAUCUAAAGCUUCCUGAUGAUGAGUAUAUGUACGUAUGA